GUCCGAGUCGUCCCAAGGAGGGUUUCCUGCCGGGAUGGAGACGGUAGUGGAAGCAAAGCCACUGCUGAGUGCGAGCGGUGCCGACGCGAUGCCUAUCAGCCACCACCGCAUGCUGGAAAUGGAUGAUUCGCAGCACGCGUACACGCCGUUCCAGUCGCUCUCGCAGAAGGACUCGUCUCCUGCUUCGUCGUCGAUGCUCAACCAGCUGGGCACGUUCAACGGUGUGUACGUCCCGUGCCUCUUGAACAUCAUCGGGGUGAUCUUGUUUCUACGCCUCGGAUGGGCGAUCGGGCAAGCCGGAGUCGUCGGCAUGCUCACCAUUUUCUUCUUCGCCGAGCUCCAAGCCGUGUUGACUGUGCUGUCUGCCAGUGCGAUCGCGAGCAACGGAGCGAUGCGUGGCGGGGGAUCUUACUACCUCAUCAGUCGGUCGUUAGGACCCGAGUUUGGAGGAGCGAUCGGGCUGCAAUUUUACCUGCUGUACGCUUCUGGUGUGGCCAUGUACUUGGUUGGGUUUGCCGAAGAAGUCGAACAAACGUGGUUUCCGCACAGCCCAUGGGGGAAAAAAUGGGUGGUCGUCGCGGUUGCGUCCACAACGCUCGCUACGAUUGUGUGCAUCGCACUGAUCGGAGCGCAUGCGUUUUCAAAAGUGAACCAGUACCUAUUUGUCGUUCAAUUCGCAUGCAUUGCGUACGGCGCGAUUGCAAUCUGCUUGGCGUCUCCGCAUGAGCUUGCCGCCGGCGGCCACGUGACAGGUCCACGUGCCACGACGCUGGCUGCCAACAUGCAUGCCAACUACACGGACGAGCUCCACGUGUGCGGUCCGACAGCGUGCGAUUUGUCCCAAGUUUACGCGAUCGUGUUUCCUUUGGCUACAGGGUUCAUGGAAGGGCUCAACUUGAGCGGGGAUUUGAAGCAACCAGGCAAGAGCAUUCCCGUGGGCAGCUUGGCGGCGGUCGUGACUGCGUGCUUGAUCUAUAUCUCGCUCAUCUUUCUCUUUGGGGCGUCAUUUGACGGGGUCGCGCUGCGCACCAACUUUUCGUUCUUCCAGCAAGUCGGGCCGACGCCGUACGUGAUUAUCACGGGCAUUCUCGUGUCGUGCUACACGUCUGGCCUUGGGGCGCUCUUCGGAGCAUCGCGGAUCUUGCAAGCCAUCGCGAGGGACAACUUGUUUUAUGGGCUGGGUUUUCUUGGCCAAGGAUCGGCCCAAGGCGACGAGCCGCAGUACGCCGUGGGCUUUACGGCGGUGCUGUCGCUCGUGUUUAUCUUUAUCGGCGAUUUGGACGUGCUGGCGCCGAUCUGCACGUCGUUUUUCUGCGUGGCGUACGCGGCCGUCAACUUCACGUCGCUGGUUCUCCAGGUCACGGGCGUGCCCAACUUUCGCCCAACGUUUGGCUAUAGCUGCUGGCCGCUGUCGCUCCUCGGCGUCGCAGUCAACUUGUGUGUGAUGGUGUAUUUGAAUGCGAUGUAUGCCGCGGUCACGUUCCUCGUCGUGACGGCGCUGUUUGUGUAUCUGUCGCUCGCCGGCCCCGAGACGAGUUGGGGCAAUGUUAGCCAGGCGCUCAUGUACCACCAAGUGCGGAAGUACUUGCUCCGGCUCGACACGCGAAAAGGGCACGUCAAGUUUUGGCGGCCGGCGAUUCUGUUCGUCCCGCAGAAUUGCCACGGUCCGAGCGUCGCGCUCUGCAAUCGACUGAAGAAGGGCGGGCUGUACAUUGUUGGCGACAUUGUGCUUGGGGAGUUUGGCACGGCGACGGCGGCCGAAGCCACGCGUCGGUUCCAGCGAUGGCUGGACGUGAUUGACAGCGCCAACCUCAAGGCGAUUCCGCAGGUCCUGGUAGCUCCGUCGAUUCGCCAUGGCUACCAAGCGUUGAUGCAGUGCAGCGGCCUCGGCGGGAUGGACGUCAACACGGUCGCGUUCGACUGGAUGCUGGCAGGGACGGCGACGUCCGCCGAGUUUGUGGGUAUCCUCAACGAUGCGCUGCUGCUGAAGAAGAAUCUGGUGGUAUUUCGCCACUGCGACAAGGUCGACCCCGGCCUCCUGCACGAUUCCAAGGCGCUGUGGGUCCCUUCUGCCCGUCGUUGGCGCCUCGACGGUGUGGUCAAGACCGUCGAUGUCUGGAUCACUGAGCGCAGCCCGUGGACGGCCGACGGCGGCGCCACAUCCCAUGUGACGCUGAUGCUGCAGCUCGCCCACGUCAUGCAGUCCAACGUGCAGUGGAAAGGGCUGCCGAUUCGGCUCUUGCGUGCAUGUGAAGGGGCCAACGACGCAGACACGCCCGAGCAUUUGAUUCACAUUGCGUCCGAGCUCCGCAUUGCGCUGCAUGCGACCCAUGCCAUGGUCGUGCCGCUCGCACACCGUCGACGAUCCGGGCCGCUGGACCUGCUGGUUGACAUGAAUCGGGUGGUCCACGAUGUCUCGCGCGACGCUGGCCUGGUCGUGUUGACGCUGCCGGACCCGACAACGUUUUCGUCGCAGCCAGACGAGUUUGCCGCGCGCCUGGACGCCCUCACGAAGGGCCUGCCCCCGAUCAUGAUGGUGUGGAGCGCCGACGUCGAAAGCGUCAUCACGACAUGCAUUUAACAAAGUAAUCCACAGUGCAUGGGACUUUGAUUUUGACAAAC